AUGGAGCUGACGGUGUCGCCGGGGUGGAGUUGGAGAAGCUGCCCCGCGCAGAAGGCGAGGCAACUGCGGUGGGUUGGGGUCGCGAUAUUCCACCCGGAUCCCGCGGCGAGAUCAGUGUGCGAUAGCGCGCCCGCCAACCCACCGAGGCCUUCCCGAAGUUUGCCUACGCGGGGGAGGCCAACCGGAGGAGAUAUCGCCACGCAGUCAAUCAGCUCCGCAGGAUUCCACGGGGUAUGGGGGCAACAUGGGCGGCGCAGAACAACGAAUUACGCCAGGCAGACGGCGGGCCGCCAAGGUGGCAGUCCCGGCAGACAGCCGCCGGAAGCCGUCGUUUUGGACCCCCGAACUGGCGGAGUUGGACGGUGUCGCGGCCAAAAGCCGCUAGCUUGUGCUCGCUACGCGCCAGGAAGCAGAGCAGUCUUGU